CUCUGCUAGCUAGUUCUUGUGGAUCUCCAAGCUUUUCCCUAGCAAAACGUUAUAUUUACUGUUCUGUAUUAGUUCGACCACGUAAUAUGCUCUUGGUAUCUUCUACAACAUCAGUAUACUUUUAAGCUACAACGUGUGACGUUCCUGAACCGAAGGCUCGAUCUUUCGCUGUUGUUUUUAAACAUUUAAAAGUGCAUCGCAUUGCGGAACUAUUGCCCUAUAGUACAAGCAUUUGAAAAGAGCACAAAUAACGAAGAGAAGUUUAUUAAAUAAUUGGGUCUAGUUGAACGCUUUCAUCCUUACGACACGAGCAUCAUGACUGUUCACGAAUUUAAUGUCGAAAUGACGUGCACCGGCUGUUCAGGAGCGGUUGAGCGUGUGCUCGGCAAACUAAAAGAAAAAGUCGAAAAGGUUGAAAUCGAUUUGGACAAUAAAAAAGUGUUCGUCACUUCACCGAUGUCCGCAGAAGAAUUGCUGGAAACGAUUAAGAAAACGGGAAAGGAAACCAGCUACGUGGGUGUUAAGAAUUGAACGACUGUUCUUGUGUAGGAAGUAUCUGGUUGCAUGUCUCUGUUCUUGUUGGACAGUCGAAUGGCUGGGACGUGCAAACUACAAAGCGAAACGAGUACGAAAAGAUAUUACUGAUAAGAGCAUCGACAUCCGCUGCGGCCGACUGUUUUGGGUAAACUUAUGUUUUAUGUGUGUGUUUUUUUGUUUACUGUAUGCAAUGGUAUAUUAUAAAUCGUAUAAAAGCGAAUAAUAAUGAUGGACGAUAAAGGUUCGUAAAAAUAAACUUAUAAAACCCAACCCUU